AUGUUGAUACGCCAUCUGAGACUAAAAGGCAUUGUGCCAUACGCCAAAGCCGAAGUUCUGCAGCAAGAUUUGGUCAAGAAAUUUCUAGCCCACAAGGCGUCUCCUACAACGACACCUGCUCCAGUCCCGACCAUCAUCACUGCUCAGUUUUCUCCUGUCUAUACAUGUGGUCGACGCGAAGUCGGCACUGUCUCAGAGGAGCAGCAGACUUUUCUGAAGGACAAUGGCAAUGCAGACUUUUACGAAGCCCUCCGCGGUGGCCAGACCACUUUCCAUGGUCCUGGUCAGCUCGUGGCAUACCCUAUCAUCGAUCUCAAAAGACACAAUCUGUCGCCAAGAAAUUAUGUGUGCCUAUUGGAAAAGACCCUCAUCAAAACUUGCGCUCGCUAUGGUAUCAAAACCAUGACUACCGAGAAUCCUGGAGUUUGGACCACCCCAGACGACAAGAUAUCCGCCCUGGGUGUCCACUUGCGCAGAAACAUCACCAGCCACGGUAUAGGUCUCAACAUCAAUACUGACCUUAAAUGGUUCAGUCGUAUCGUUGCUUGCGGUCUUGAAGGCAAGCGGACCACGAGCUUUGGAAAUGAAGGUGUCCAUGACCAAUCUGUUGAUGAGGUUGCCGACACUUUUGUUCAACAGCUUGCCGAGUCGCUCCAAGAAAUCGAUGGCGUUCAGGAAGAACUCAUCAUGUAA